ACAUAUUUAUAAUAAUAAUAAUAAAUUAUUAUUAUUUAUAAAUUGAUAGACAAAUAAAAUCCGAGCUGAGAUAAUUAAAAAAAAUAAAGAAGCUAAAUAAUGAGCGCGAGAGUAAUGAAUCCUGCGAUGAUGACUGAAAGUCGUAAAUUAGGAGGCGCCAUUGGAGGAGGAGGUGGUGGUGGACGUGUUGUCCCAACUCGUGCUGAAUUAGCUAAAGUCAGACGAGAUUUAUUUGGUCCAGUUGACCACGAAGCCGCGAGAGCUUUUGUUGAACGCGAGUUGAAAGCACAAUCUGUGCUGGACGCUGAACGCUGGGGCUUUGACUUUAGCUUGGGUUUGCCCAGGAACAGCGCUCGUUAUGACUGGGAAGUCGUCAGCAAUGAAGAAGUCGUCCCCGAGCCAUACGCGCUCCGAGGCAUGCCGUACUUACGCAAAAAUGCUCCAAGUACGCCGAGAAAAACCAACGAACGUAGUGUCUCGUCGGCGAACCGGCGUUCGACGUCACUGUCCCCAAUGAACAUGGAUUCUGGACGUCCUAAAGCUGAGAGGACGCCCCCGCAAGAGCCCAGAGUUCCGGAAAUCGGGGAACCGGAGGAUGAGUUCAGAGGCGACUGUGCGAAGAAAUCUUGCGUUAUUCCGGAACCUACAACGCCAGUUCUGCCUCCAUCUGCGAGGAAGCAAUCCAGUAUCACCGAUUUUAUGAAAACCCGCAAACGUACGUCAAACAGUAGCACGAAGAAAAGUAGUAUCGAGCCGCCAGAGAAAUUGCCUCGUAACGCGGGUCAGAUACGCAGCUAAACUUUUUAUUAUCUUCAUUGGAUCGUGUCUUCCUCUUAUUUAUCAUCUAACUGCGACGACGUCUGUUAAAAUUGUGGCCUCUAAAAAAAAAAAAACAAAAUAUUAAUAAUUAACUUAACUGAAUUACUUUUCUACAAUAGAUUAUUUUUGUUCCUAGUUUAAUUAAAAAAUCAAUAUAUAUAUAAAUAUAUAAAUAUAAACAUAAAUAAAUAUAUUAUAUUAUAUUAAAUUUCAAUAAUUAAAAAGCUAAUGAACGCGUUUAUGUCCCGGCGUCCAGUGAUAUAUCAAAGCGUUCUAAAAUACAAUAAUUUGUUAUUGAUAAUGAUAAUUAUUAUUAAUAUUAAUUAAUCAAUUGUCUCAACGUGAAAGUUGAGCGAGUGCCACUAAUUGAGGAUCAAUAAUUAAUUAUUUAUAAUAAGAUCCUUUGGCUGUGCCAUUCACGUUUUAGAUUUAUUUGACUGAGACGCAUUAAACCACCAAAUGAUAUACAAGAGGAUAAUUAAUAGGUACCGAGUGAAGGAUCAAAUGAUUAUUUAUAAAUAUAUUAAUAAACUUUUGUUUGUUUAUUAUUUUUUUUAUGUUCAAUAUUCAUUGUUUUAAAUUCCUCGGCGUUGGUUGUUUAUGGGUGAUUAUUUUUUUUUGUUAAAUAUAAUUUAAUUUAAAAAAAAAAUAAUUGCGACGCGUGGAACUAAAGCGUGAAGAGAUUAUUAUAAAAACAUUAUAUAAUUAAUUAAUUAAUUAAUUGAUAGAGUACUAAUUUAAGAGUAAUAAUUAUUGUAAGAAAAAAAUAUGGAAAAAUUUACUAUCUAAAUUUAUUUGUAAUAUAUAUAUAUAUAUAUACUUAUAACUAUACUGUAUGUCUUUUUCUUUUGUUGUUUAUUGUAUUUUUAUUUUUAUUUUUUUUUACUAUCACUAUUAUAAUUAUCAUUAUUUUUAUUUUCUAUGGACUCGAAGAGAAGAUAGAAAAUAAAAGAGCGAGAUGCUUUGCGUGACACAUCUGAAACAGCGUCAGUAUGUAGUUUUUAGAUAAGUAUUUUGUUAAGAUUAAGCUAAAGAGUACCCGUAUUUCCUAAAGUCUUUUUUUCUGACCGUUGACUUGUUGCUUGGCUAGAAAAAAUCCGUUACUUUUUCCCUUUCUUUUAUUUUCUAUUACGAUUUUCUAAACUAUGUUCUAUUCCGACGAUUAAGAUGCGGGUUUAUUGAGAAAUAUUUAGAAACUAAGGUAUAAAGAAAGUCAACGGUAAUGUCAAGUAACUAUUUAAAAAAAGACAUUUAAAAUAACCUUUACUACGUUACCCAAAAAUAAAAGCAUUGAUCUCCUGUACAAAAUAACUUUUAAAAGUACAGCCGAUGCCAAAUCUUAAUCUCGCGAAUUUGCUUAUUUUUUUUUUAUAUCUUUAUUUGUACCUUAUAAAAAAAAAAUUAAA